AUGAAUAAUACUAAUGACUCAACUAUUAACAUCCCUCCGUCAAUUGACGUGAGUUCCAAACUACAAAAAAAUAAAUCUUCCAAUAAUUUAAUCGCAAAUUUUAUUCCGCGAGCAAUUUUUUUAUUUAGUGUUGCGUUUAUAUCAUUAUACAUUAUAAUAUACUUAGUUCAAAGCAUACCAAAUUUAUCUCUGCCUACAUCCAUAGAAGGUGUAAAGCUCCAAGCUAUGAUAUUAGACCAUUAUUCAAGUGAAACUUGGCAAGGUUACUUACAUAUUGUCAUUGUGUUUUCUUUAAUUUACAUUUGGAAACAAGCCUUUUCCAUCCCAGGAGCCAUCUUCCUUAAUAUAUUAGCAGGUGCUUUAUACGGACCAUUGCUAGCUACCUUGAUGACUUCUUCAUUGGCAGCCAUAGGAGCUUCUUGCGCAUACCUGAUAAGUAAAUUUCUUGGUCAGCCUAUAAUGGAUCAAUAUUUAUCCGACAAAUUGAAUUAUCUAAGGAAGCAAGUCAAUGAUAAUAGGGAUGGUUUAUUUUUUUAUUUGUUAUUCAUAAGAAUGUUUCCUUUAUCUCCAUGGUGGCUGCUUAAUUUGGCAUCACCGUUAUUAUAUAUACCGCUCGGAACAUUUUUUACAUCAAUGUUUUUUGGUUCCAUAUCAUAUAAUUUGGCUUGCUGUCAAGCUGGUGAAAUUUUAUCGGAAUUGUCUUCAACUAAUGAAAUUUGGCAACCUUUACUUCUCUUUAAAAUGAUUUUGGUUUCUUUAAUAAGUUUAUUUCCUCCUUUAUAUACAAGAAGGUAUAAAAGAUUACAAAACAAUGUUAAAUCCACAAACGAUCCUUCUACUGAAUUUUUGAUCCUUAAAACCGAACAAGAUGUUGUUUAG